UCAGCUGAUCAUCUGUUUAAGUGACAGCACGCACCGAGCUAACCAGAGCUCCGACCAAUAACCCUGGAGGAAAGAGAGGAGGUCAUGGGGGCCGGAGCUCGUCUUAAAGCAUCGCCUCGUUAAUAAUCAUUAUUCUGUCGCUGAGAUGUCUAUAUACGGCCAGGCUGCACGAGCACCGGGCGAGAAACAGACAGACUCCAGCUCCGCCGGCACACGUGGAGGAAGACGAGAAAGGGCCGUGAAAGAGAGGAAGAUGCGCUCUAAACACCGCGUCCACAAAGUGCAACGACCGACAGGAGAGAGCGGAGGAGCCCCAGACGAGCGCCGGAUCGUCCCGCACAAGUGAGAGCGACUGCCCAUCAUUUCCAGAAGUUCAAAAAAAAGUCAGAUGCUGCGUUUAAGAAAAUCGCCUCGCGUGAGGGUUUCAGGCGAUCUGGUCUCUCUCUAAACCCAAGUCAUGAGUAAGGUCUCCGUGUUCUGCAGGACACCGAUCGCGGACGGCUGCACGCGUUUAAGAUGAUUUAAGAUCAGCGGCUAUGGAGCUCAGCGCCGAUCCGGGUCAGACCGCCGGCGCCUCGUCGCCUCUCGCCACCGGCUUUAAGAAAGUGUGUCGGAUCGAGGAGGACGGCUCGUGUCCGUUCCCGGGCCUGCCGGCCGGUGUGCUGGAGAUGAGGGUGAAGGAGGGCAGCAAGAUUCGCAAUCUGAUGGGUUUCGCCAUGGCGCGCAUGCAGAGCGACGCCCCGAGCGCCGGGCUGAGGCAGGUCGUGUUCGCCGGCUCCGGCCGCGCCGUCACCAAGACCAUCACGUGCGCCGAGAUCAUGAAGAGGAAGCUCGGGGGCCUCCACCAGAUGACCAAGCUGCGGUACAAGGGUCUGAGAGAGGUCUGGGAGAGCCAGGAGGGAGGCGACUCGGAGGUGACCGUCCACCGGACGCUCCCGUCCAUCAGCAUCCUGCUCUCCAAAGACCCGCUGGACCCUGAGCCGGGCUACCAGCCUCCGGAGAACGGCUUGUGGGACGAGAGGAACGGAGGGAGGCCGCGAGGCGGCCGAGCGAUCUGUGGACUCGCCUGA